UAGGGUCUCAGGGUGGCUGAGGGGUUCUGAGUCAAAAUUCAGAAUAAUUAAAAAAGAAAAAAAUAACCAUCGAAGUUGAUAGUUAUGUAGGUCUAUUUUAAUAAUCUAACAUCAUUAGACCUCAAAUUGUGCUAUUUAACGGCAAAAUUCAAGGGCAAAGUUGCCGCGAGCGUUGCAGUCUCCAACGCCCUAGUCGGGUGCCAGUGGCUUUUGGAACAGCCUGACCAAUCAGGGGCCAGCGCUGUGGCGCCAAAGUUUUGUUGCACAACCAAUCAGGCCGCGCCGAUGGAUGACGCAAUACACCCAAGAGAGUUCAGUUCUAUUCAGCCCUGUACUUGCGUGCAGCGUGCCACGAGUCCCGAUUGACGAGUUUUGGAGUUUUGAAAACAAAGCCAAAGUCAACAUCAUCGAACAUGCCAAAGACAAAGGGUAAGCAGAAGUUGCUUCUAAAUUUUUCGUAUAGUUACGUGUGUUUCUUUACGAUGAACUGUCAGUUUGAGAGCGAUUUUUGGAAUACUUUUUUCCGUCAAGUUUUUUUUUUUCCGGCGUGCUAAACAAACAACAACAAAAACUUUUUAUCUUUCCUCGAUCCGGUAUAAAAGAAGAUUAGUGAAUCAACCUUGUUGAUUUAUGUGUUACACGUGUAGUAAAAAUGAUGGUUUGGGGCAAAUUUGGAGGGUGCAAAUCCAAGAAAUUGAGGGCGGAUAUUUCUUAACGAAGCGCAGUUUGCGUCUAUUUGAAUUUUUGUAGAAAGACUAUACUGACCCAAUCUUAGUUGCGUCUCUUGCAAUCUUCUUUUAUGAAUAUAUACCACCUUUUAACGAAGGCUUUUCCAACUAAUAAUAAUGUUUUUUUGUUUUUUGUUUGCAGCCAAGAAGAAGUCUGGACAGGCCGCCAGAGUCCCGCGGACGCCGACUGUGGCCGAGCGCCAGGCCGAGGCGCUCGCCGUGGCGCGCCUUCGCCACAUCGGCGAGAGAAUGGGAUACCACCAGCUCAGCAGCCGUGUGAACACGGUGUUCAACCAGUUUCGAUACGGGGGCACCAACGUGCAGCGACGUAACAGGGUGUACGCUGGGCUUGCUGGGCUGCUCACCUACGGCCUUCAGCGGGCUCCAGGUGGUACGUUCUACGUGUUCAGCCCUGAGAUCCUGGAGAUUGUCAGGGAGACGUACCCGAGCGGAGACGAUGUGGACUGGAUGUUGAUCAACAGUAACAACAGGCCUACCAAGGAGGUGGGCGCGGAUGACCUGUUCGAGGACAAGGGCAAGAACUAGGUCAUGCCC